UAACGGCUAAACCGAACAAAUCUGGUUCAAUCACUCUCUCUCUCUUCUCGCAUAAGAAUUAUCGACGCCUCCACAUACUAUAACAGGCGGAAAAACCAAAUGUAAACUGUCCGCUUGACGAUCUUCUCAAUUCUCAUUGCUUAACUCUCUCUCUCUACUUCCUUCAAUCGCUACUUCGGCUCGAUACUUCAAUCAGAUCUUCCUUUCCCAGCGAUCUAGCUCGAAUUCCAGCAAAAAUCUCCUUUCAGUCUACGGAGAAGAAUUGAAGUAUGGCUUCGAUUCCUCACUCUCUGGUGAUGUCUAGCGGAAAUUUGGCUUCCGCUGCUUCAGUUUCUGAUCUUCUCCGUAGCUCGAGUAGCGGUGUGCCUUUGAAAUCCCUAGGGAGGACACGAUUUGGAGUAAAGAGAAGUGAAAUGAGUGUGUCAGCGAAAUUGAGGAAAGUGAAGAAGCAUGAAUAUCCAUGGCCAGAUGAUGCAGAUCUCAAUGUGAAGGGUGGGCCACUCGUUCAUUUAUCUCAUUUCAAACCUUUGAAAGAGAAGCCGAAGCCAGUUACUUUAGACUUUGAGAAACCUUUGAUGGAUCUGCAGAAGAAGAUAGUCGAUGUGCAAAAGAUGGCUAAUGAAACUGGUCUGGAUUUCAGUGAUCAAAUUAUCUUACUUGAGACUAAGUAUCAGCAGGCUUUAAAGGAUUUGUACACUCAUCUUACUCCUAUACAGCGAGUUAAUAUUGCUAGGCACCCAAACAGGCCAACUUUUCUGGAUCAUAUUUUUAAUAUCACUGAAAGGUUUGUGGAGCUUCAUGGAGAUCGAUGUGGUUAUGACGAUCCCGCAAUUGUUACUGGUAUUGGAACCAUAGAUGGUAAAAAUUACAUGUUCAUGGGUCAUCAGAAAGGUAGAAAUACAAAAGAGAACAUUCAACGUAAUUUUGGGAUGCCUACUCCUCAUGGUUACCGUAAGGCAUUGCGCAUGAUGUACUAUGCUGACCAUCAUGGAUUCCCAAUUAUUACUUUCAUAGACACUCCAGGGGCAUAUGCAGACCUUAAAUCAGAAGAACUAGGCCAGGGUGAAGCCAUAGCCCACAACUUGAGGACUAUGUUUGGUUUGAAGGUACCAAUUAUUUCCAUUGUAAUUGGAGAAGGCGGUUCUGGCGGGGCUCUAGCAAUUGGAUGUGCCAACAAAAUGCUAAUGCUUGAAAAUGCCGUCUUUUAUGUUGCCAGCCCAGAAGCUUGUGCAGCAAUUUUGUGGAAGAGUGCCAAAGCUGCACCAAAGGCAGCUGAGAAGCUAAAAAUAACUUCUGGAGAGUUGUGCAAGCUCGGCAUUGCAGAUGGGAUUAUUCCGGAACCACUUGGUGGUGCUCAUGCUGAUCCACACUGGACCUCGCAACAAAUAAAAACUGCAAUUCUGGAUUCUAUGGAUGAGCUCAACAAAAUGGAUACAGAAAACCUUCUAAAGCAUAGGAGUCUAAAGUACAGAAAAAUUGGUGGUUUCCAAGAAGGAGUUCCUGUUGACCCAAAGAAGAAGGUCAACAUGAAAAAGAAAGAAGAACCAAUUGUUAAGCCAGGAAAGAGUUGUGAGGAGUUGGAAGGCGAAGUGGAAGAUCUGAAACAGAAAAUUCUGAAAGCCAAAGAAUCGUCUAGUUUGCCUCCAGAAGAGGGUCUGAAUGAAAUGUUAAAGAAACUGAAAAUAGAAGUUGAUUACGAAUUCUCCGAGGCAAUGAAAUCCCUUGGCUUAAAAGACAAGCUAACAUCACUUCAGGAGGAUUUUGAUAAAGCCCGAAAUUCACAAGAUCAAGCACUUACUAUUUCUCUGAAGGACAAGAUUGAGAAGCUCAAGCAUGAAUUCAAACAGAUUCUUCAUACUGCUCCUAAUUAUCCAAGCUUGAAGUAUAAAGCUGACAUGUUGUCUGAAAUUUCUAAAGCCAAGGAUCAUUCUGAGAAUAACAGUAAAGCCAGUGCUUUGAAACAGGAAAUUAAUAUCAAGUUUAAAGAGGUUUUGGAUAGGCCAGACAUAAAAUCGAAAAUGGAGGCAUUGAAAAGUGAAAUCGAAGCUUCAGGUUUACAAUCAGUGACAGAGUUAAGUGAAGAUCAAAAGGAGAAAAUAUUGCAGAUAAAACAGGAGAUCGAAGUAGAAUUAGGGGAGAUUCUUAAACAAAUGGAUUUGCAUGUACAACCGCGUUCUGUUUCCAAUAUGAAGAAUAAGGUAGAGGAGCUUAAUCAAGAAACAAUGGCAGUGAUGGAAGAUAUGAUUAAUUCAUCUGAUUUGAAGAACCAGAUUGAGCUGUUGAAACUGGAAAAGGCAAAAGCUGGACAAAAUAAUUUAAGUCCGGAAACUAAAAGUAAGAUCCAAGCUAUGGAGGAUGAAAUAAAGAAGACGAUUUUUGAUGCUAUGAAUUCGUCGGCUUUGAAAGAGAAAUAUGAGAGGCUGACUUCUGAACUUUCUAAUGAAGAAGACAAUUCUAGUAGUGUUGAUGAAUCAAGAGUCAAUUUUGAAGCAAAGCGCAGUUUUGUCUGAGAACUUAAAUGACAACAAAUGAAGCUGGACAGAUGAUACACUAAGUGAAAUGGCUUCAAAUCUUCUCCAUAUUUUACUUAUUUUAAGGUGAUUUUACUAUGGACUUUUCAUUAGAUUCUCUCUUUGUUCUUGAUUUCUACUCUUUUUCUUCGUUUGUUGGUUGGUUGGUUACUUGUAUUAAUUGCUGGUUAGGUUGUGUUUCAAAUGUAUGUAUAAAUUUGUAAGGAUUUAAAUCCGACAUAAAUUAUACACUUUUUUUCUGGUUAGGUCGAUGUGCUAAUUUCUU